UCGAAGUUAAUAUUGUUGGUUAUGGUAGAGAGCAUGCGUGGUAAUUUGGCGGGGUUCGAUUUCUGUUAAGAUUUUGAAAUAUUAAGCGUUGCUAUUUAUUACGAAGUUUCGUUAAUUGUCCGUGAAAUCGUGUUAAAAAUGAUUAUUAAAUUUAAGAAGAUGGAAUGAAUUAUUUGAUAUUUUUAGAGUGAAAAUAUCAGUCAAACUCCAGCAAUAAAAUGACAAAAGCAAAUCAAAGUAGAAUGAAAACCAAAAAAAGAUCCAAGAUUGAAGAAGCUGUAUCAUCAAAAAAGAAAAAAUAUGAUUUGUUACAAGUAAUACCAGCUAAACAAGUUGUUAGUGACAUAUUAGUAUGUGGUGAAAAUGCAUUUGGACAAAUUGGAUUUGAUCCGGAUGAAAUUUCAGAAGUUGUUCGUCCAAAAUUACUAACCACGGAUCAUAAUGUGGUUGACAUUGCUGCUGGUGCCAUGCAUAAUAUUUUUCUCACUGAUAAAGGAGAAGUAUAUACUUUUGGUCUAAAUGAUGAAUGUCAGUUAGGAAGGACUACCAAUGAUGAAGAAGCUAGCACAUUGUAUAAACCAGGGAAAGUUGAUAUUCCAGAAAAAGUUGUGCAGAUUACUGCAGGAGAAAUGCAUUCUGCCGCACUUACUGAAAAUGGAAAAGUUUUCAUUUGGGGUACCUUUAGGGAUAAUAGUGGUCAGAUUGGUCUCACUUCUGAAGGAAUGCAGUCUUUUCCCAUUCAGAUUUUAUCCAAUAAGAAAAUUGUAAAAAUUGCUUCCGGAAAUAAUCACUUUGUCUGUCUGUCUGAAGAAGGAAAAGUGUUAACUUGUGGAGUUGCUGAACAAGGCCAGCUGGGUAGAAUUGCCAGUCAGUUUGCUGAACGUGGUGGUCGGCAUGGUAUAGAUUAUAUAUUGAUACCUACAGAAGUGAGAAGUAAAAAUAAAAUAUCGUAUGAUAAUAUUUGGGCCGGACAAUUUAAUACAUUCAUCAAAGAGAGAGACAGCGGAAUUAUUUAUGGUUGCGGAUUGAAUCAGUUUAAACAGACAUGCAAUUCAGAUCUGACGGAGUGUUUUGUUCCAGUAAUUACAAUGCGGGGAAUGAAAUGGAAGGAAAUCUGUAGCGGUGAACACCACACAAUAGCUUUGGAUGAAGAUGGCCAUUUGUACUCUUUUGGUAGAGGUGAUUUUGGUAGAUUGGGCCUAGGAAAUACCGACGAUUUGACUGCACCUACGUUAAUUUCCACCUUACAAAAUGAAAAAUGUGUUAGUAUUUCUGCUGGAGAUAGGUCAUCAUUUGCUGUCACAGAUCAAGGUCUGUUAUAUUCCUGGGGCGAAGGAACCACUUUCCAACUGGGCCUGGGCCGUGAUGUCACCGAGACUUCCACUCCCACCAACGUCGUGGGCAAAGAAGCUUCCAGAUACCGAAUCACUUCAGUGUCUGCUGGAGGAAGUCACACUGUAAUGCUAGGAAGAAGUAAAGAAAAUUGAUGAGUAAGAAUUUAUAGGAAUGUCUUUGUUGAAGUUUUAAAAUUUUUGUCAAAAAUAUAUUUUUGCUCAUUCUGUUUGUAAUUGCAUAGUUCCACUGAGAGAAUAGACCAAAGAUGGAAAAUCAAAUGUUGCAUUUUGAAUGAGUAUUGUGAAAUAUUUAAAACACGAUUGUGCAAACAAAAAUCCAAUCAAUUUUUAUUAUAAUUGCAUCAUUCAUAAAUGUUUGUUUUAUUUGUUUAUAUUUUUGGAUCGUUGUAAGAAUGUUUCAGAUCUUCUAGUCCAGCAUAUGUUUAAAAUUAAAGGGACACAAUGUGUUUUCAAAAUGCAAUAUUAAUACAAAAAAUAAAAUAUUCUUUUAAAUAUUUUUAAAGGUUGUUAUUACUUUUAAAACUAAAAAUGCUUUGUUAAAUAAGUUUUGUGUUCCGUGACACCAACGAAUCAUCUGCCAAAUUGUAUUGUAUGAAUGCAAAGAGAUGCUGAAAUUUUAUAAAGACAAUAAAUGCUCAAGACUUUUA